AUGGCGCCCGACAGGGGCUUGCAUUCUCCGUCGCCCUCUCUAUCCCCUUCUCCAUCCGACCUCGAAGACCACGAACUGCGCUCGCAGUCCAGCCAGCACCACGAUGUUGCUCGCGUGCGUUCCGACCAUGGUUGCUAUGCUACCCCGGGAGCAAAUGACUCGGCCCUGGAUGGCACCAAUUUCACCUUUCGAGGUGUGGCAGUGGGCAUUGGGAUUGGGAUAAUAAUAUGCUUUUCGAACACAUACUUUGGCUUACAGACUGGUUGGGUGUCUGGCAUGGCAAUGCCGGCUUCCUUGAUUGGCUUCGCUGUUUUCAAGACCUUGUCUCGAUAUUUGGUGCUUCCAUUCACGCCUGUGGAGAAUGUGCUUGUCCAGACGGUUGCCGGAGCGGUGGGCACGAUGCCGCUGGGCCUGGGCUUCGUCGGAGUCAUGCCGAGUCUGCAAUUUCUGCUCAAGAAGAGUGAAGGCGCGCCUGUCGACUUGAGUCUAUGGCGGCUGAUCGUGUGGGGGGUCGGUCUCUGCCUGUUUGGGGUCGUCUUUGGCGUCCCACUUCGCAAGCAAGUCAUCAUUCGUGAACGACUCAAGUUCCCCAGCGGCACAGCAACCGCUUUGAUGAUCAGCGUGCUACACGGUGGCGCCCAGAGCAACGAAGGUAGAGACAGAGAAAUAGAAACGCAGGGCACAGAGGAGCGUGAAGAACUCCUGAGGGAGAGCGACCGAGACAAUCAACCAGGUCAAGCUGCAGAGCAGGACCUUCGGGCUGACUGGAAAAGGCAGAUUCGGCUUCUUCUCAUCGCGUUCCUCGGUUCUGGUGCUUAUACGCUUAUUCAGUAUUUCCUCCCGAUCCUGCACAAAUUGCCCAUAUUCGGCACCUAUCUGGCCCAUACCUGGGAAUGGACUCUCAAUCCGUCACCAGCAUAUGUAGGGCAGGGCAUCAUCAUGGGGCCUGCCACCACUUUCCAUAUGCUCCUCGGUGCCAUUACAGGAUGGGCAAUCUUGAGCCCUCUGGCAAAAAAGAAGGGUUGGGCCGCCGGUCCAGUUGAUGAUUGGGAGUCUGGCAGCAAAGGCUGGAUAGUCUGGGUCAGUCUCGCAAUCAUGUUAGCGGACGCCAUUGUCAACCUUGGCUGGCUGAUCCUGCGCCCAACCAUUCGGUACGGGCCAGACUGGGUCCAAGCUGCCAAAGAGCACUACAGCAAUAGCUCCUCGUGGUAUGAACUCCUGCUGGGUAAGCAAGUAACCGGCUAUAUUGCACUCGCAACAACUCCGAACGCCAGUCAGUCACCAUCUACCACAAAGGCUGCACGAACAUCCUCGGACGAGCCCCCAGAUGACGCACCACCACAUCACCUCGUCUCGAACCGCACGGUUGCCAUCCUCCUCCCACUCACGCUCCUUGUAUGUGUGGUAUGCAUCCACAUCACCUUCGGUACUUACAUUCCCAUUAGCCUCAACAUCCUUGCCAUUGUUCUUGCUUUGCUCCUCUCGGUAAUGGGCGUCCGCGCCCUGGGUGAAACAGACUUGAACCCGGUCAGCGGCAUCUCCAAACUCACGCAGCUCGUCUUUGCUCUCAUCACACCAGCAGGACGUCAUCAAAACCACGCCAUAAUCAUCAAUCUGCUGGCUGGUGCUGUCAGCGAAGCCGGAGCUCUUCAAGCCGGCGACAUUUUGCAAGACCUGAAAGCUGGGCAUCUCAUCGGCGCGUCCCCCAAGGCACAAUUCUAUGGCCAACUCAUCGGUAGCGUGGUGGGCGCCUUCGUCUCCGCGGCCGUCUACAAGCUAUACGUCCACGUCUACCCCAUUCCGGGUGAUCUAUUCCAGAUCCCCACCGCGUACGUCUGGAUAUUUACCGCCCGGCUCGUCACGGGCAAAGGCCUGCCGCCCAUGGCGUGGCAGUUUGCACUGCUGUUCGGCGCGGUCUUUGUCGUCACCACCACUUUGAGAAUCGUCCUACUCGCGUACAAGGACUCGAAACCGUGGUGUGGGAAGCUCCAUCCUUUCAUCCCGGGCGGCAUUGCCGUCGCCGUGGGCAUGUACAAUACCCCGAGCUUCACGUUGGCGAGGACUGCCGGCGGUCUCAUAUCGCUGUGGUGGAUGCAAUGGCUCGGAAGAGGGGAGACCAGAGUCGUUGUCCUGGCAAGUGGAUUGAUCCUUGGAGAGGGCGUGGUGAGUAUCCUGAACUUGAUACUAGCGAGUCUGGCCGUGCCACAUCUAUGA